UAUACGAGGUUGAUGCAUAUUAUCUUUCAAAAGCCAUCCAAGCGGAAACUCAUUACAGGCUUGUUUAGCAAAAUUGAAUCGCGAUUUGAUUCCAAAAAGCUUGAAUCAGCGAUCCAAGAGGUGAUCACAAGUCAUGGUGCAAACCCGACUGAUCUUUUUAAUGACCAGGUGGAUCGCGGCUGCCAAGUAUUUGUCUGCAGCAUUGCACAUGAGAUGAAAGAGAUUUUGCGUCUUCGAAGCUACAGCAUUCCUGAUAACCAGGAGAUCCCAGUUACCAUUGUUGAGGCUGCUUGCGCAACAUCAGCAGCCACAUCCUUCCUUGACCCGGUUUGUAUUGGAGCGCGGAAAUCCGCUGACGGGGCGCUGGGGGCCAAUAAUCCCGUCAAUGAGGUCGAGGGCGAAGCAUCAGAUACUUGGUGCAGGGAGACUGGAGACCUGAAACCGCUGGUGAAGUGCUUUAUCUCAAUUGGAACGGGCAACCCAGGAAAGAAGGCGAUGGAAGACAACAUGCUCAAAUUUGUCUCCAAAACCCUACCAGAGCUUGCCACACAGACUGAGCAGACUGAGAGAAAGUUCAUCGCCAAAUGGCGGCAGCAUUACGAUGAGAAGCGGUACUUCCGAUUCAAUAUUGAUCAGGGCCUGCAGAAUGUUGGGCUGGCAGAAUAUCAGGAACAGGGAUUGAUCAAGGCGGCGACUGAGCGAUACCUAAAUCACCAGGCACUCAAGUUUCAGGUGCGGGAUUGCAUCCAAAAUUUG